AUGAAGAGAGGCAAAGAUGAGGAGAAAAUCGUGCGGCCUAUGUUUCCAAGGCUCCAUGUGAAUGAUGCAGAAAAAGGAUGGCCAAGAGCUCCUCCAAGAAACAAAAUGGCCCUUUAUGAGCAGCUUAGUAUUCCUUCACAGAGAUUCAGGCUUGGGGUUUUGUCCCCAAACACCACAAAUACAAUUUCCCAUCCAGUGCCUUCUGCUGCUUCAUCAAUUGAUAAGGCGGUUGAUCCUUGUAAGCAAACUUAUGCAUCUCUAUGUUUUGAACCAAGAGAUGAUCCUGCUAAUGUUAUUGACCGAUGGGAGGCUGGUGACAUUGUACAGCCACUGCCCUGUGCUGAGCCACGGUGUUCCACUGGUGUGCAUAGUAAUGGGGCUUUGAGGGAUCAUAGUAUAGCCAUGGAUAAAGAAAAUAAGUCUACUUCAAAAAGGGAUUUUCUGUCAGAACAUAAUACGGUGCAUGGUGUUAGAAGAGUUAUGGAUUCUUAUGAAGACAGGUCGCGUAGGUCACUGCAGAAAGGAAAUAUGGACAGGGUGGAAUCGAUACCUGAACAUAAUAUAUCGCCCGAUGAUGUUGUGAGAGUGAUAAAUCAGAAACAUUUUUUGAAAGCCAGAAGAGCUAUUGUCAAUCAACAAAGAAUUUUUGCGGUUCAAGUAUUCGAGUUGCAUAGAUUGAUCAAGGUUCAGAGAUUGAUUGCUGGGUUGCCACAUCUUUUGGUUGAGGACACUUCUUAUUUGAGCAAACCUGUAGAGGCUUCACCUGCAAAGAAACUCCCGUUUGACUAUAUUCUUAAAGCACUUCCAGGUGUUCCUAAGAACAAAGAUGACUCCGAGAAGCCAGAUCAUACAGUUGAAUGCUCGAUCGAAAAUGCAGUGGGGAAGGCAUCUCUUUCUCCCGUGCAAAGUGGUGUGCCACCUUCAAACGGUCAACCAUUUUCUAAAAAUCUUCCGGCACCAUCCAUUAGUAGUAAUCCCAAUGUUGGAACGUGGUGUUACAAUCCUCCACACAGGCAACAGUGGUUAAUUCCAGUGAUGUCUCCUUCUGAAGGACUAGUGUACAAGCCAUAUCCUGAACCCGAGUUUGUGGACCCUGUCUAUAGACCUCCGGGAUCAACUCCAGUGAUGGGUAAUUUCUCAACUCCUGCAUACGGAGUCCCGACCCCACAUCAUCAGUAUCAGUUACCUUUCUUUCCUCCGGCUGGACCUGGUAGUUACUUCCCUCCAUAUGGCAUGCCCAUGGUGAAUCCAGCCUUUUCAGGUUCGUCCGUGGAGCAAAGGAACCCCUUUGCCACACCAGAUAAAUUAUCAGCCGAGGAAACCAAUUUCAAAGCCCAACAUCAGAACUCAUUUAAUAUUCCGAGCCAGACGAGUGAGUCUCGUCCAGAUGUUCCAAGGUUGCGUGCACGUCAGGAUGGUGAAUUACAAGGUAGCACUGCAAGUAGUCCGAGUGGGAGAUUGCAAGAUAGUCGGGCGGAUAGCCCAGUUGAAAGACAAAAUGCUUUUCCACUUUUCUCUGUGUCUCGUGCUAUUGACAUCCCGGGCUCUAGCCCUCAGCCUCCCGAACUGGAGCACCCUGUUCGCGCUAUCAAGGUUGUGCCUCACAAUGCCAGGUCUGCUACUGAAUCUGCUGCUCGUAUCUUUCGUAUUAUACAGGAAGAGAAAAAGGCAAGAUUCGACAUAGCCGGUGGAUAA